GUCCAAUGCAUUUUAUCUAAUAGUAGCUUUUGCUUGUGACUGCGUAAUAACAAACAGACAAAUACAAGGACUUUAUAUUUAGUCAUUUUAUUGACAUUUAAUCGAAAGGAGAAAGUUCCUAAAAUUUUUAGAAAAGUCAUAAUGUCUCAGAAGCUAGCUCCAAGCAUCAGGAUUAGCUUUCCUCUGUUGGCUUUGAUUUUACAAUGCACAAUAAUAGUAUUAUUUGCAUUAUUUAUUGAUUACAGGGGAGAUCGUCCAAAGAAAUACGUUGCCACAUACCCAGUAUUUCAAGAUGUCAAUACAAUGGUCUUUCUUGGCUUUGGCUUCCUGGCUACAUUCCUCAAGCGAUAUGGGCACAGCAGCAUUGCCUUUACCUUGCUCCUUGCAGCCUUUGCACUUCAGUGGGCUACGAUUGUAGAAGGUUUGCUCUUUGACUUUAAGAACUUCAAGAUACAAAUAACCAUAAUCAGUGUAAUCCAUGCGGACCUUAGUGCAGUAUCUGCACUGGUCUCAAUGGGAGCAGUUCUGGGAAACACCAGCCCUGUGCAGUUACUCCUGAUGACCAUCCUGGAGGUGACAUGUUUCACUGUUAAUAAAUGGCUCCUGAAUUUUUUGUUUGAGAUUGACCGCAAAGAUAGUAGCAUGUAUCUGCAUCUUUUUGGAGCUGUUUUUGGACUGGUAGUUUCACGAGUUCUCUAUCGCCCAGGGCUGAAAAAUGGCCAUGAGAAGGAAGGAUCAUUCCCGAUAUCUGACCUCUAUUCUAUGAUUGGUACUAUCUUUCUGUGGAUAUUCUGGCCCAGUUUUAAUGCAGCACUUCUUGAUAUGGAUAGGGAGAAAGCUGUUUUCAACACCUACUAUACCAUGGCUGCUUGCACUGUUACAGUGUUUGCAAUUUCCAGUCUCUUCCAUGAUAAAGGAAAAAUAGACAUGUCACACAUCCGAUGUGCUACACUGGCAGGGGGAGUUGCUAUUGGGCUUUCUGCUCCUCUGAUACCUUCUGUUUUUAUCGCAAUGUUAAUUGGUUUAAUUGCUGGUGCUAUCUCCACCCUGGGGAUGAAAUACAUGAAGAACCUAUUGGAAUUAUAUUUAGACCUGCACGACACUUGUGGUGUUUUAUAUACCCAUGGAUUACCUGGAAUCAUAGGAGGCAUAGUACAUAUCACCCUACUUUCAAUGCCUUCCGUGAUUGAGGACUCACAAAGAAAGUCAAUGUACCCUGACUACUGGCAAACAGCUAUGCUUAUUACCAUGGAAAUGAGCAUUCUAACAGGAAUAAUCACAGGUUUAAUUCUGAAGUUAAAUAUUUGGAAGCAGCCCCCUGAUUUAAAAUGCUAUGACGAUCAAGCAUAUUGGGAGUUUCCACAUUUAGUAACUACAUUCUGAAAACGUUCACCAACAUUGUUCCUAUUUGGAAACAACAGAGGCAAGAGGUGAAGAAUCAUUUCAGAAGGUUGGAAUUAAUUUCACAAGAAGUGUACAAAGAAAAAGAACAAAAAUCUCUUGAAUUUUAGCAGAGGAUUAACGUAUCAUGAAGUGUGUCCAUUCAUGUUGAAAACCCACUGGAUUUGGAGGGCCUUUUGACAAAAAGCUAUAGCUUAUGCAUUAUUCAUAUUUUUUCUGUUUUUUAUUUAAAUGUUGUAUUGAAUGUGUGCAAGUUUGCUUUUCCUGCUCAUGUGAAACUUUUAACCUAGCAUUAAAAAUAGCUGAAGAGAUGUUAAACAAGCAAGUAUUCAGGAAGAGUGAGCUUCCCUCACGAAGCACAUGGCAAAGUUUGAAAGAGCCAUAUAGACCAGGAAGGUUCCAGGUUCCACAGUCGGUGCUGAGUUAGGUAAUAUCAGCCAGGCCAACAAUAGUGUUCUGUAAUGACCUGUGUCCCUUGGAAAGGAAUGGAAAAUCAGAUGGAGUUUCCAUCCCUGAUCACUACCCAGUGCUCCUGAUGGAAAAAUGUCUGUGAAUAAGAAAAUCAAGGUUGGCUGUUAUAUCUCUCACAUUCAAACAACCUGUCAAUGCCUACUGUCUGGGCUCACACCUGAAGAAUGGUCAUUUGGGAACAUUACUGGGUGUGUUUUGAAAUUUUAUAGACUUCACAAAUUUGUCCUCCAGUGUAAAGCUUUGUUUGCCAACAGCAUAUAUCAAAGAUUUAGGCAUGAAGGUCAGCCAAGUGUUUCUCAAUUCAUUUUUAAAAAUAGUUUCCACUGGACAGCAAGUCUAAAUUUCUGACACAUUCUGUUGCAUGUGAAGCUUCUCAGUAGCAGUGCAAAUUUGCAAAUUUUACCUUUAUAUUUCUAUUGAUCCAACACCAUCACUGAAAAUUGACAUAAGUUUUCUCCUAAUUUCUUUUAAAUAAAACCUUUUUAAAAUUGAAAAUAUUUUAUAGGUGUUAUAAACAGUGAGAAGUGGAAUGGGAUUCAAUAAUUUCCGUCGUUACAAAUCCAUAUAUCCACUCAGCAUGACUUUUUCCACCUAGCAUCACUCGGAAACUUUUAAAAUCUCAUUUCUAACUACAAUAUUCCAUCAAAAUAGUUUUGUAUCAGCUUUAGGGCAUUUUUAAAAAAAGUCCUUUUAAACGUAAGAUACAGGGUGGUGGCAGUGUUAGUCUUAUGCUGUGAAACACAUUUUUGCAACAGACUAUAAUUUCCUGAUUUCCUUAUCUGUCAAGCAAAUCAUUUCAAAAAGAUUAAGUGACAUGUUUUGUCUGAUGCAAAUAUGUACUAAUUACAUCCUAGAAUGUUUCCAUAGAACAAAUGUAUUAAACCUAUUUCAAUUA